AGAGAAAAGCAAAUACAUCAAUGAUUUUCGUAAUGCAGUUUAUAUACAUGACUCAUGUUUAUUCUGUUUUAUAAUUUACACGUUCCUAUUGUAAAUGACGAAAUUUAAGUACAAUAUUUAUUACAAAUAUCGAAUAUAUCGAGUUAAACAAACUUCGAUUGGAGUCUCCGUAUGGCGCCUAUGAUUUUAACUUUUAUCAGGAUUACUAUCUAUUAUUAAUUUGUUGUUCCUCUUUAUUGGACUUUUUUUAUUUUCCAAUAAUAGUAAUAAUGAUAAUUACCCUGAUAUAAACAUAAUAUUUUGAUUAAAUAUAUUAUUACGAGGAGUUUUACCAACCAUAAGUAUGUAAAGAGUACUUGGAAAGAUAUCUCAUUGACAACUAUAAUGGAAAUAACAAUAAACGGAAUUGGAUGGUUUUUGUCAAUGAAAUGAAACUAUUUUCAAGCAAAGCAAUGAACAAUAUUUCUGGUCAAUUUCGUAAGACCACAUGGGAUCCUACUCUUAUAGUAUCUCAAAUAGUGGCGGUGCAAUCCGUCAUGUAUUUUUUUCUUGGAAUAUGGAUUUGGAUUAUAGCAUCGCUUUUAGGCUCAACGAAUUCUUUGGACUAUGCAUUUCAAUACAAGGAAAUACACAUUCGUAAUUUUGGAGGACAAUUAGUAAUAGUAAUUUUUAUUUUAAACGCAUUGGUAGGUGCUAUGGCUUUAUGGUGGUUAGUACAGAGAACAAAACAGUGUAUGGACUUUGCGUGUACAGCUCAUUUGAUACACUUGUGUUGUUGUUGGGCAUACAAUGCUAGUUUUCCAACGUCGUUCAGUUGGUGGAGUUUAAACAUCGUUUCGUUAAGUAUAAUGUGUGUAUGUGGAGAAUUUCUUUGUAUGAGAACAGAAUUGCAAGCAAUACCGCUCGGUAUGAAUAAUCAAAAAACAGCCUUGUAAUAAAGAAAUGUAUAUAUAUUAACUAAUGAAUUUGUUAGUCAAUAAUAUGAGAAUACAAUAAUUUUCUUUAA